AUGAGUUCCAAACGGAAUAUGUUCGUCAACCAUGACUCCGAGCAGGCGUCAAUGACUCGAAUUGCCAUCGUCGAAAAGGAUCGUUGCAAACCGAAAAACUGUGGCCUGCCAUGCAAGAAGUCUUGCCCGGUUGUACGCAUGGGGAAACAAUGUAUCCAGGUCGAGGCAACGUCACCAAUCGCAUUCAUUUCGGAGGUGCUGUGCAUUGGUUGUGGUAUCUGCGUGAAAAAGUGCCCGUACGAUGCGAUCAAGAUCAUCAACUUGCCGUCCAAUCUCGGAGAUCAGACCACUCACCGUUACUCGGCCAACUCUUUCAAGCUUCAUCGUCUGCCGACGCCUAGAAACGGCGAGGUCCUCGGUCUGGUCGGCACCAACGGUAUUGGCAAAUCGACAGCUCUCAAGAUUCUUUCCGGAAAACUCAAGCCGAAUUUGGGAAAAUUCGAUAACCCACCGGAUUGGCCGCAUAUUCUUCAGUACUUCCGUGGCUCCGAGCUGCAGAACUACUUCCAGCGCACCAUCGAAGAUCAGUUAAAGGCCGUCGUCAAGCCGCAAUACGUCGAUCAAAUCCCAAAAGCCGCCCGAGGCACCGUUGAUGCGUUGUUGACGAAAAAAUGCGACCGCGAGAACAAGGCUUCCGUGAUUGUGGACAUGGAAUUGGGCAACGUUGUUGAGCGUGGCAUCGAGCUUCUCUCUGGUGGCGAGUUGCAGCGCUUCGCCAUUGCUAUGUGCCUAGUCCAGAACGCCGACGUUUUCAUGUUCGACGAGCCGUCUUCUUACCUCGACGUGAAACAGCGUCUGAAGGCCGCCGCUGCCAUCCGAGACUGUGUUUCUGAUACAAAAUUCGUCAUUGUCGUCGAACACGAUCUGGCUGUCCUCGACUACCUCUCCGACUUCAUCUGCUGCCUCUACGGAGUGGCUGGUGUGUAUGGUGUCGUCACAUUGCCUGCUGGCGUGCGUGAGGGCAUCAACAUGUUCCUCGACGGCUUCAUCCGAUCUGAGAACAUGCGUUUCAGGGAGGAUGCGCUGAACUUCAAGGUGUCUGAGGGUCAAGACGAACUGGUGAAACGUACGGGCCACUUUACCUACCCGACCAUGUCAAAGACUCUGGGCGGCUUCAAGCUGAAUGUCGAAGCCGGGCACUUCUCGGAUUCGGAAAUUAUCGUGCUGUUGGGAGAAAAUGGCACCGGAAAGACGACCAUGAUUCGCAUGCUGGCUGGUUCCCUGAAGCCGGAUGAUGAUGUCGAAAUCCCGGUCAUGUCCGUCUCCUACAAGCCGCAGAAGAUCUCACCCAAGUCUGAGAACCUCGUUCGCCAUCUGCUUCACGAGAAGAUCCCCAACACCUACCAACAUCCCCAGUUCAAGACUGACGUCAUGACACCGCUGAUGAUGGACCAGCUGAUGGACCGAGAAGUGCAAAACUUGUCUGGUGGUGAGUUGCAACGUGUGGCCCUCGUGCUUUGCCUUGGUAAGCCAGCCUCCGUCUAUCUCAUCGACGAGCCAUCGGCCUACCUGGAUUCCGAGCAGCGUCUGCAUGCCGCCAAGGUCAUCAAGAGAUACAUCAUGCACGCUAAGAAGACGGCAUUCAUUGUCGAACACGACUUUAUCAUGUCGACCUACUUGGCCGAUCGGGUUAUCGUGUUCGACGGCGAGCCAUCAGUGAAUGCCACAGCCCGAACGCCUCAAUCACUACUCGACGGUAUGAACCGAUUCCUUCGUCUGCUCGAAAUCACAUUCCGUCGUGACGCUGACACUUUCCGGCCACGCAUCAACAAGAAGGAUUCUGUCAAGGAUGCCGAACAAAAGCGCAGUGGCAACUACUUCUUCCUCGAGGUC